AUGAUUCUAUGAAUAACACAGAAGAAGAUGAAGUAGAUGUAGUGGACUUGGCUUCCAGUUCACUCUUAAACAAGUUAAUCCGACAGUCCUUAGUAGAAUCCAGUCAUCGAGUCGAAGUCUUACAAAAGGAUCCCAGCUCUCCACUCUACUCCGUGAAGACGUUUGAAGAGCUACGUCUAAAGGAAGAGUUGCUAAAAGGGAUCUAUGCCAUGGGGUUCAAUCGACCAUCCAAAAUCCAAGAGAUGGCGCUCCCUAUGAUGCUAGCACACCCACCCCAGAACCUCAUAGCCCAGAGCCAGUCUGGAACAGGAAAGACAGCUGCCUUUGUCUUGGCCAUGCUGAGCAGGGUCGACGCCUCGGAACCCUUCCCACAGUGCUUCUGCCUGGCUCCUACGUACGAAUUGGCUCUGCAGACUGGCCGUGUGGUUGAACAGAUGGGAAAAUUCUGUGUGGAUGUCCAAGUGAUGUACGCCAUUCGAGGGAACCCAAUUCCCAGGAGCGUGGACAUCACCCAGCAGAUUAUCAUCGGCACUCCCGGGACUGUCCUGGACUGGUACUUCAAGCGGAAAUUAAUUGACUUGAGCAAGAUCCGUGUGUUUGUCCUGGACGAAGCAGACGUGAUGAUCGCCACACAAGGGUUCUCAGAUCAGAGCAUUCGGAUCCAGAGGGCUUUAUCCUCCGAGUGCCAGAUGCUCCUCUUCUCGGCCACCUUUGAGGACUCCGUGUGGCAGUUUGCGGGGCGAAUCAUUCCCGACCCCAAUGUUAUCAAGUUGCGGAAAGAGGAGCUGACCCUGAACAACAUCCGGCAGUACUACGUGCUGUGCGAGAGCCGGAAGGACAAGUACCAGGCGCUGUGCAACAUCUACGGCGGCAUCACCAUCGGCCAGGCCAUCAUCUUCUGCCAGACUCGUCGAAACGCCAAGUGGUUGACUGUAGAGAUGAUGCAGGAUGGCCACCAGGUGUCUUUGUUGAGCGGAGAGCUGACCGUGGAUCAGCGGGCUUCCAUCAUCCAGAGGUUUCGGGAUGGGAAAGAGAAAGUUCUUAUAACCACCAAUGUCUGUGCCCGAGGGAUCGAUGUGAAGCAGGUCACGAUUGUGGUGAACUUUGACCUCCCUGUGAACCAGUUGGAGGAGCCAGAGUAUGAGACCUACCUCCACCGCAUCGGGCGGACCGGACGCUUUGGGAAAAAGGGCCUUGCCUUCAACAUGAUCGAGGUUGAUAAGCUGCCCCUGCUCAUGAAGAUCCAGGACCACUUCAACAGCAGCAUUAAGCAGCUCAACCCGGAAGACAUGGACGAAAUCGAAAAGAUCGACUGCUGAAGGGGGAACCUGGUUGUUUGUGACAGGGGCUUUAUUAAAGGCAGCUUUUUAUGUUGAGGCUUUUUUCAAAGUGAAUUUGUUCCCUUCGGCAAAAUAAACGGGCAGCCUUCCUUUUAAAGACCCAAAGUCUUUUUGAAACCACGUCGAUGUGAAACACUGGAGAAUUUUUUUUUUAUUUAAAUAAAAA